UACUCUUUAAUGCUACUGGCUAGGUACUCUCAGAUAUAUCGUCAUGCAGAGGGUAUCUUGUGCACCAAAUUUCAUGACUAGGAAUCCUUUUAUCCAAACGUAUAGUCCAGAAAAGCAGCGAUGCUUCGCAACUAAAUGGAAGAUUCUGGUCUGAACCAGAAUAUUAAAUAGUUUAGAAAAUUGUAAAAUAAGGAUAGUCUUGGAAAGAUUCCUAGUAUUCGAGGCUGCGACAGGAGAGGCGCAUAUACAUAACCCGGCACUAAGUCAUCGCCCUCAAGUCUUAUGCGCCUGAGUCAGCCGUGCUAGCGUUACUGGUGGAUCAUUUGGCCUCCAGGUAAGAGCCUUUACUUGGAGUUGCAGAUCACCAUUAGUCGGACAGUCCUUUGUCCCCAGUGCUGAGCUGCCUCCAAGCUUUCGAUUCGGUUUAGCAGCUCUUUGUGAAGCUGUGAAUGUAGAGAGCUGUUACUACUGGAGUGUGUUGAAGCAUAGCUGAGGCUUGUAUGGUGCGGGGGAUCCGAUUGUGUGCAGAACUUCCACAACAAGCAGCGAUUGGAAAAUCUUCGGAUCAAGCCAAGUGACCCUCUAAAACGGACGAGGCUGGUUUUGCGAGGAAGAAGUUGGAGUCGCGGCAGCAAUGUCAAAAGUACCCGUGGGGGUGGAGCCAGGAUUUCCUGGAAAGGACUAUGCAGACCCCCCAGCAGCGCCUCUCAUCGAUGCAUCUGAGUUCGGACAAUGGUCGUUUUACCGAGCCAUUAUCGCUGAGUUCGUCGCAACGUUGCUAUUCCUCUACAUUACUAUCGCCACUGUAAUUGGCGCUAGCCGAAACGCUGGCUGUGCCGGAGUCGGCACUCUGGGCAUCGCCUGGGCAUUUGGGGGGAUGAUUUUCGUGCUCGUGUAUUGCACUGCUGGUAUCUCAGGAGGGCACAUUAACCCGGCAGUGACAUUUGGGCUACUGCUUGCGCGCAAAAUUUCGCUUCCACGAGCGCUGGCAUACAUGAUAGCGCAGUGCUUGGGAGCCAUAUGUGGAGCCGGCCUGGUGAAGGGAUUCCAGCAAUCCUUCUACAUGACCUACGGAGGGGGAGCGAACGCUGUGAAUGCAGGCUACGGCAUAGGCACUGGUUUGGCCGCGGAAAUUAUUGGCACUUUUGUGCUGGUGUACACCGUUUUCUCUGCCACUGAUCCCAAGCGCAAUGCCCGUGACUCUCAUGUCCCGGUAUUGGCUCCUCUUCCUAUAGGAUUUGCAGUCUUCAUGGUUCAUCUUGCUACCAUUCCCAUUACCGGAACUGGCAUCAACCCUGCGAGGAGUUUCGGUGCCGCUGUGAUCUACAAUCGCAGCAAGCCAUGGGACGAUCACUGGAUUUUCUGGGUGGGUCCGUUCGUGGGAGCUGCUUUGGCUGCCGCUUACCAUCAAUACGUUCUGAGAGCUGGCCCAUUUAAGCAGCUGGGCUCCUUCCGAAGCGCACCCAGUCGCGUCUAGACUUGCAUCUUGCCCCCUCACAAAUUCCAUCUAAAUGAGACGAUGCUACGAGGCUUGGGUGAAACAUACUAUCACGCUUAGAAGGAUUAGGACUGUUUUUGGCCGUCGAUCCUCGGCUCCUUUCAGAUAGGGGUUGUAACUUUAAUGAUGUGCUUGUGUCACGAAAUUGAAGUCGACACGUAGUGACCUACCUCGUACCAAUUACAUAAUACGUCUGCAAUCUUGGAAGAGGUCCAGUACCCAUUUUCCAGAAUGUUGUAAGGGCAUUUGCUCCUGUUCAAUUGGGAAAAAAACGAGGUCUUCCAUUCGCAUGAAA